CCUCGUCGUCGCCGCCGGCCCCCCCUCCACCCCCCGCCGUGACUCGGCAGCGCCGCCGCUCCUGGUCAUGCUCAGGCAUGUCGGGCCGCGGCCAGCGGAGGAGCUAUGCCCCGACUUGCCUCCUCUUGGCAGCGCUAUAUAAGGCCUAGCCUGGCCCGGCCCGACUCAGCCCAGUUACCCGCCGCCGGAGUCCGGCGUGUGGGUUGGACCGGGGCAGCGAGGCAAAUGUGCAAUACCAAGAUGUCCUCCCUGACGGAUGCUGCUUCUGUCACCGCUUCGGAGCAAGAGGCGCUGGUUAAACCAAAACCACUAUUGUUGAAGUUGUUAAAGAUAGCUGGUGCAGAAAAGGACACUUUUACUAUGAAGGAGGUAAUAUUCUAUCUUGGACAAUAUAUUAUGUCUAAACAAUUAUAUGAUGAAAAACAGCAACAUAUUGUACACUGUGCAAAUGAUCUCCUGGGGGAUUUAUUUGGAGUAACAAGCUUUUCAGUAAAAGAACACAGGAGACUGUAUUCAAUGAUUUCCAGAAAUCUGAUAGCAAUCAAUCAACAAGACUCUGCAGUUGCUGACACACCUGAGGAUGAUGCCAGAUUUCAGCUUGAAGGAGAAAAUGUUCUAAAGGAAUCUCUGCAGGAGUUAGAAGAGAAGCAGACUUCAUCAAACGGGAGCUCCCGACCGACUACAUCUUCUCGGAGGAGAACACACAGUGAAUCUGAAGAAAAUUCUUCAGAUGAUGUGCAUAGUGACAGAAGAAAACGACACAAGUCAGACAGCAUUUCGUUGACGUUUGAUGAAAGUCUCUCCUGGUGUGUAGUCAGUGGUCUGUGCCGUGAAAGAAGCAAUAGCAGCGAUUCUACAGAUUCUCUUUCCAUUCCUGAUCUUGAUGCCAGCUCAUUAAGUGAAAACUCUGAUUGGUUUGAACACAGUUCUGUUUCAGACCAGUUCAGCGUAGAGUUUGAAGUUGAGUCUAUUUAUUCAGAAGAUUAUAGCCAUAAUGAAGAAGGGCAGGAGCUCACAGAUGAAGAUGAUGAGGUGUAUCAGCUGACUAUUUACCAGGAUGACGAUAGUGAUGCCGAUUCGUUUGAUGAAGAUCCAGAGAUUUCUCUAGCUGAUUAUUGGAAGUGUCCCGAAUGUAGCGAGAUGAAUCCUCCGCUGCCCCGACACUGCCACAGAUGCUGGGCCCUUCGUGAGGACUGGCUUCCAGAUGAAAAAAGCGACAAAUUGGAAAAGAGCAAAGCAGAAACUCCCCUGGAGCCUGAAGAAGGUUUUGAUGUUCCUGACUGCAAGAAAGUGAAAAUGACUGAAGAUAAAGAGCCGGCUGCGGAGGAGAAUGAGGAUAAAGCAGCACAAAUUUCUGAGUCCCAGGAAAGUGAAGAUUAUUCUCAGCCCUCGACGUCGAGCAGCAUGUUUUGUGGCAGUCAGGAGGACUAUAAGGAACCUGAGAAACGAGAAAUGCAGGACAAAGAGGACAGCGUGGAGUCCAGCCUGCCCAUUACCAGCAUAGAGCCCUGUGUCAUAUGUCAGAGCAGGCCGAAGAACGGGUGCAUAGUGCAUGGCAAAACGGGACACCUCAUGUCGUGUUUCACCUGCGCGAGGAAGCUGAAGAAGAGGAACAAACCCUGUCCGGUGUGCAGGCAGCCCAUACAAAUGAUUGUACUAACUUAUUUCAGUUAGGUGGAAGGGGACUGGAAAGCAGCAAAAGGAACUUCGUAAACUGGUUGAGAGAGCAAGAAACUAUUUUUGUAUGCUUCUUGAGAAAUGAAUAUUUUGAGUGUCUACAUUUGGUAUGAAAAGCAAUUGCUGAAAUAAAUGCACUGGAGUUGUUAGCACAAGAGGUUAGCCUAAUAUUCCUAAGUCAACCUGAAGAUUUUUAAAUCCCUCACUAGAAGUAACCAAUUCCUGUAAACUGCCUGCCUCUCCAAGUGUUUUGUGUUCCGUACGAGUUGGUGACAUUUGGUUUACCACAUUACAUACGCACAUUAAAAGCCCCAAAUUCUAUGAAUAUGAGAGGGGAGACAUGUUAAAGAGUUCGUUAAUGUGAGCUCCCGCUCUUAAGAACAUAGAAGAUUCUCCAGAUUCCAGUAUCUAUUGCCUGUUGAAGAUGCCAGGCUCAACCAGAACCCUCCGAAUAAGUCAAUAAAAUAAAUAAGUAGAAUCUUGUCUCCCUCAUUCCCAAAACUGAAAUUCCUCCAAGUAACCAAAUUAUGGGGGAGAUCUUACUAGGAAGUGGAGGAAGAUGCGAGAGAAAAUAAUUUAAGGUUAUUGAAACAAGAGAGGGGUCCCAAGAACCUGGAUUUUGAAAAGCUUUGUGGCUUUGGAGGUCUGGACUAUCCUGGUUAUUAUUUUAGCAGCUUGAGAACUUGACCAGGCAAGAUAAAUGAAGGAUAAAUGCACUAUUGAGUCAGGUAAUAGCAGGAGACAGUCGUAUUCUUUUUCUGCUCUCAUUUUUGACGUCAGCAGUAUAGCACGUAGCUUGAUCACUACAUUUUGCUUGAAUAAAAAUAGUAAGGAAAAACAGGUACCUGCAUCUGCAGAAACAAAUAAGCUCUGUAGUUCUAGAUCACAUAAACAUUCUUGAAAUUCUGUAUCUUUCCAACUUGCACUGUUUGUAUCACAAGGAUUCUGAAAAUCCUUGGUGUUUGGCCAACUCAAAAACGGGUCUCAUUGGACCUGUCCUUUACUGCUUUUAGCUUGUCUCCUCACUGCACUUUGUCAAAAGCUUUGUAUUUACUCCUUUGGAAAAGUAGAUCACGAGAGGAAUUGUAUGUUUUUAGCACCUUAAAAUUGUAUAGGUGGUUACUGAUCAGCUGCCCAAUGGAGAGUGGCAGGUGAGUAGCUUGAGCAUCAGGGCAGUGCCAAGAUGUAGCCUGAAGGCAGGAGUUGUGCUGUUCCCAUCCUGAGGCCAGGGAUGAACAGCUUCCAUACCCACACCCGUACGGAGCUGUUGAUGCCCGUGUGCUAGUGCAGAGGGUUUUACUGCUUUAACUACCUUCACACCAGAGCUGGAAUAGUUACUCUGGUAUAAAAUGGCUAUAAACCAGGGCUGCAAAUGCCUGGAAUAGGAGAAAUUGCCUAGGAGUAGGGCGUAGAGCUGUUACAGGAGAGACCUGUUAUUGAAGUUCUUUGCUGAGCAGAAACCUUCCAUGGGUUUCACGGGCUUUGAUGAUCCUUCAGCCUAAGAUAGAAAAGCCCUUUGGGCAGUUAUUUAUUUUUUUCAAGUAGGGAUGCUUCUAAUUGAUGGCUACCUGAUUAACUCACGCUGUUUCCUAUUUAUUUUUUUUUAUUAUUUUUUUCUUUGAUAAACUGAAGUGCAGUGGAGUUUGCAGAGGCUCGUCCAUUGCACAUGCAGCUCAGAACCAAGCAGCAGUGGUAUCGAGGUGUGGAUAGGAUGGAGAGCAAGCUGUAGAGCUGUGUGCUGAGGAGCAGCACCACUAACACGGGGACUGUACUUAAAAACCUCUCUCCCUUCCUUCGUCUCUCACAGCUCACGCUCUUUCAGUGUGAUGCCUCCUCUGCCCUCCUGGCAGAGCAGCUGUUCUUACCUGGUUCUGCUGCCGUUCCACUCGUGGCAUUCUCUUCCAGUCAGUCCCUUUAAGUGAGCUCCACAUUUAAAAAAAAAAAAAAAAAAAAGUAAUAUUUCAUCUCUAAAAAAUGCAUGUGCAGUCAGAGUAAUGAUCCUUGCUGAUCCCAAUCACACAGCUUUGGGAUUUUUAUCUCCCACUAAUGCUUUCUGUUUUGGCAAAAGAUGAAGUGAGAGCACACUGAAUUUUCUCUUUUAUGACCUAAAAUGACACUCUCUUAGCGUGUCUCCUGUUGUGGAGAACAGCCCUGAAGUACCCUCCGCUCCAUACAGCGCCGGGCAAUUUUGAUUUCUCCAUCCGUGGCCAAACUCCUGUGUCACAGGGAUUCUUUGUUUUGCAUUCUAUUUUCUGGCUUCAUAUUAUUCUUAAUAACUUCUAGCAAAACUUUAGAGGGUUUAUUAUUUGUUGUUGUUGGUUUUUUUCCCCUCCAAAGCAUGCCUUACAAAUAAGCCUGGGUGUCUGUUCCAGUUCCUACGGGGAAUGCCCGGGAUUUGGGGGUGUAGGUGACGCCGGCGGGUGAGCGGUGGCCCCUGCCUGGUGGUGUCACCCUGUAAAUCAGGCACUGACUCUGCCUGGUGGUGUCACCCUGCCCUGUCACCCUGUAAAUAUGUUUCUGGCCUUGGGUAGCAGCACGAAAGUCAGCAAUGUUUUAGCACAGAAGCCGGCAAUUGUUCUUAACUUGAUGAGGAAGGUCUUCGAGAUCCUUAUUUAAUACCCUACAGAUUUUAAUCUUUAAUUUAUUGCAGUUUGUAAAUAUCCUUGUGCUUACAGUUAGUGUUUUGAGCUUUAAUUUAUUGAAUUAGUCUGUUGGUACGUGUGUCGAUACAUAAAUACGCAUACUUAGUAAAUCACAGUCACAGAAAAAAUAUUUAAGAAAUUUUAGCAGAAUAAAGAGAAAUAUUCAAAUUAUAUUCAGAUGAAGAGGGGUAUAGGAAGAUUUAUGGCUUUGUUUUCUUUUUUCCUUCCCUUAAACAACUCCUGUGUUGAACCUGAACAUAUUACAUAUUUAUUACAUAGAGAUGGAGAUGGGUGCAGCAAUAGCAGUGACAAGGUUUUGAUGGUGUUUCUUUUCCUUUGGGAAUGCUUUUGCAUCUCCCAGGAAAGGGUGGGAAGCUGAGGGACUGCUUCCUUGUGCUGGUCACCUCGGAGGGGAGGGGCUGAAGAUGCGCUGAGGUGGGGAGGGCUUUCAAGGUUAAUUGGCAAUGGGUGGUAAUUGCCUUUGCACAUGUGGCUGAGAUGCUUCUAAAAUGUGACUGUAUGCAAUUGUCAGUAAUUGCCGUAGCCUGUUCUUUUGUGCACUUCCAGCAGACAAUACUUUUGUGCAAAUGCUCCAAGAACUUGCAUUUAUUCUUUUUUAUAAAGUACAAUAAACCCACUUUUUCAUUAAAUACUA